AUGGUGACUGACGACGUUGACCUAGCAAAGAUGCUGUUCUUCUAUUGGCUUCUCUCCCUACUGUCGUUCACACCCUUCAACCCAUUUCACUUCGCCAACGUCUCAGGCGAGACGCCAGACAAGCCUCUUCCUCUGGACACGGGCUACGAAGUCGAGACGACGACCGUGUUCAGCGUCAAUGGACCUCACAAUGCCGACUUGGUUGCAAGCUCGAGCGCCCAGGAGGUUGCUUACGCACCGGAGAGCAAGACGCUUGACGUAGAGAUGCACGGCGAACCCGAGCCGGUUGACGUUGUUCUUGCUCCUGCUGUCAAGGUCGACCACAUUCCACUCGUCACUCACGUCCUUAGCUACAGUCUUUCUCAGCUUCUCGUCGCUGUAGCUCGGAUUGGAAGCAGGCCUGGUCUCCAGAGCAGCUGGCUCUGCCUCUUCGUCAUCCUUUUCCUUUUUCGGUACGUUCGCCUGGUCGUCCACAUCAUUGCCUACAACAGCUUCAAGGCGAAGCCGGUCCUGGAAAAUCCGACGUUCACUGCAAAGGAUGUCACGGUCAUCAUCCCCACGGUCGAGCCCCGCGGUCAGGCGUUUGAGGAGUGCAUCCACCGCGUCCUCGCCAAUGGUCCGGCCAGGGUACUCGUUGUCACGGUCGGCAACGAGAACAUCGGCGACGCCACUGAGUACUGCAAAGCACUGAGCCCCUCGAUCCUGGUUCUCUCGGUGCCCGCUCCAAGCAAGCGUGAGCAGGUCAAGCGCGCCAUCCCGGAGAUCGAGACGGCCAUCACGGUGCUCUGCGACGACACGGUCUUCUGGCCGGAAACCUUCCUCACGCACGUGCUUGCGCCCUUCGAGGACGGGCGCGUUGGCAUUGUCGGGACGUGCAAACGUGUCCGCCGUGCCUUGGGCCGCUUUGGGCUCGCCGACUUCUGGAACCUCUGCGGCGUCAUGCGCCUUGAACGCACCAACUUCGACCUCGCCUCGACCAAUGCCGUCGACGGCGGCGUCAGCUGCGUGUCUGGAAGGACCUGCGCCGUCCGGUCUUGCAUUCUCCAGGAACCGGCCUUCCAGGAGGAAUUCACGAGCGAGUACAUCUUCUGGAAGCGUUUUGGCCCGCUCAACGCCGGCGACGACAAGUGGAUGACGCGCUGGGUGAUGAAGCGAGGAUGGACCGUCUUCCACCAGUCCUGUCCCGAAGUCCGUAUCGAAACCAUCCUCGGCGUCAAAGGUGGUGGCGCGCGGUUCCGCGGACAGUGUCUCCGCUGGGCUCGGUCGAGCGCACGCGACAACCCGAAGAUGAUCUUCCGAGACGGUCUUUGGCGCAGGUAUCCGUGGACUACCUAUGCCGUCCUGGCCACCUCGGUCGUCAACUACGCGAUGCUGUACGACCCUCUCCUGGUCUACACGCUGCACAAGGCCAUGGGCGGCCCCGACUCUCGCCCUCUGCUCCUCUUGCUCGUCCUCUGGAUCCUGGCCACCAAGUUCGUUCGUCCUGCCUCCCACUACUGGCGCCACCCCGGCGAUCUCGUGUAUGCCCCGUUCAUCAUCCUCUUCGGCUACUACCACUCGUGGAUCAAGCUCCAUGCGCUGAUGACUUGCUGGGACAUUUCUUGGGGUACGCGUGCCGGCAUCGAUACGGCGGCGAAGCUUCCCAAGGCGGCUUGA